AUGGCUCGCCGGUGGUCCUCUAUGGCGGUCUCGGCCGGCAUCCGGCUUGGUAGACGUUGUGGUGAGCAGCUGUGCGGCGCAUCUAUUCUUGAGUCCAAAUGGAUCUCGGUAUAUGGACCUACGGCCAUAUUGCUAUUGGUAAAGACUGUGGUACUUUGCCAUCCCGUACAUCAUAACUCCUGCCAAGAGGACAAGCCUUUGAAACCAGAAACCACCGCUGCAAGAUCGCACCGACAAGCCGACACUAAUUGGCGCCACCCCCCAGCCCUCGUGAGAAUUGCAAUGUCCUACUACGGCACAGCACUUAUUAUUGGCAACCUCAGAGCUUCGGGGUUGAUCACCCAUGUCGGCAGCAUUGUAUACCAUGAAUCUCGGAAGGUGGAGGGUACAGGGAUCUUUGAAGCUGCCCACUCUGCAGGUGAAAAGUCGCAUCUCUUGGCUCUUCGGGUGGCGUUGCGUUUCUUCCGACAGCUUUAUAAUUAUUAG